GUGGAUGAGAUCCAGAGCAUGAACCGCACAGUGUUUCUGUUGAUCGAGGAUUUGGCGACGUGUGAGUUUUCGGAGGAUGCGUUUGUCAGCAUCCUAUCGCAGAUCCAGGACAACGUGGAUAAACUGGGUUUUAUCUGCGAUGCCAAGAUGGG